CAGUUUCAGGGAUUUUAAGCUGAAUCCAACAUCAUGUCAGAUGAUGCAGACAAGAAAUCAAAAUAUGGUUGCUUAAGCGUUCGACCGGGCUGUCUUCAAUUCCUUAAUACGAUAAGAUGGCAUGUACUGUUUCAUUGUAUCUUCUCGUUCUGUGAGGGGUUCAUCGUCAAUGGUGUCAUUAACAUAAUCAUCGUCACAUUAGAGAAAAGAUAUGAAUUGUCCAGUAAGGAAUCAGGCAUGAUCGCCUCUGCCAAUGAUUUUGGAGCUGCAGCGCUGCUAAUGAUUGUGGGAUAUUUGGGAACUUAUGCCAAUAAGCCUCGUCUGAUGGGAGCUGGAAUGUUUUUGAUGUCUAUAGGAUGUUUUGUGUUUGCUCUUCCUCAGUUCGUCGGAGAAAAAUACACUUACACCAUAUCGAGUGCAGCAGAAAAUUCUACCGACAACGUCUGCGUAGCAUCAAAUUCAAGUGCAGCAACCUGUUCAAUUCAAAGUUCGAAGCAAAAUUACAAAGGCUAUUACUCAAUGUUACUACUAGGAAAUGCACUCAUCGGUAUAGGAGCAGUCCCAUCGUUUACACUGGGCAUAACAUACAUCGAGGAGAACAGUAAAACCAGGAACUCUCCCUUCUACUUUGGUUGUACGUUUUGUUGCGCGGCACUCGGUGUUGCUGUAGGCUACAUUGCAGGAGCACAAUCUCUGUCCAUUUUUGUAGACGUGGAUAAAAUGGACAUAAGCAACCUUUCUCUGAGUCCACUGAGCCCACAAUGGGUAGGGGCGUGGUGGAUCUGUAUUUUGGCAGGAAUGGGAGGGUUUAUAUUGGUUUUGUUUCCAAUAAUCGGAUAUCCCAGAAGACUUCCAGGUUACGAAGAACUGCAGAAAGAAAAAGUUUCAGAAGCUCAAACUAAUUCUGAGAAAGUCUAUAAAGAAAAAGAGAAAUUUGGCAAGAGUAUAAGGCAUCUUCCAAAAUCCCUUUGGCUUCUAGCCAAGAAUCCUGCUUUUGUUUUCAUCAUCCUAGGGGGAACUGUUGAAAUCUUUAUCAUUGGAGGGCUAGCGACAUUUGGCGCGAAAUUGUUCCAAGAAUUUUUUAACGUAGAUAUAUUGGAGGCCGGGAAUCUGAUGGGUUUCAUUACUGUACCUGGGUCUGCUGGUGGCAUGCUCUUUGGAGGUUAUGUAGUGAAAAAAUUCAACUUAAAAUGCCGAGGUAUCAUUCGCUUCAGUUGCGCAUGCCUGUUCCUCUGCAUGUUACUGGGACCCUCAUUCCUAGCCAGUUGUCCAAGCCGCCCUAUUGCUGGUGUGUCAACAACAUAUCCAUCAAAUAGGGACUCGUCUUUCAUCUCCCCCUGUAACUCGGACUGUGGAUGUACUACUAAGGGAUAUGAACCUAUAUGCGAUGAAAACCAAAUUGUUUAUUUUUCUCCAUGCCAUGCAGGGUGCAAAAGUAUCACCAAUGUAAAUGAAACCAAGGUAUAUCAGGAAUGUUCCUGUAUAAACACCAGUGCCCCGUCCAUGACCUUGAGGAGCGGAACGUGUUCGGGAAGAUGUGCUUGGUUUUAUGUGUUUUGUGUUCUCCUGUUUUUGAUGAUGUUUUUGACAUUUUCUACAACGUCACCAACAUUGACAGCAAUGUUCAGAUGUAUUCCACAACAACAACGAUCACUUGGACUUGGAAUACAGUUGACAUUUGGUCGACUACUUGGAACUUUACCGGGACCAAUAUUCCUGGGAGUCAUUUUAGACAGCACUUGUUCAGUGUGGCAGGAGAAUUGUGGAGUACGAGGGUCCUGCUGGAUAUACGACAAAUGGCCGCUAGGGCUUCGUCUUAUGUUGUGGUGGAUGGGGACCAAGUUUACAGGGGUUGUUCUCCUUUUUAUUGCAUCUCUUGUUUAUAAGCCGGAGGAAACAGAAAAUACUACAAAUGUGGUGGAUUCGAAGAAUAAUAAUGCGGAGAAAGCAGGGACAGACAAUCCCGUCUUUAAUAUUCUUGAUGAGGAGAACUAUAAUACUAGAAAUUUCUCAUACGACACAGCUAUUGGGAAAAAAAUGAUCAAAUCACCCGAAACAUGUGUGAAGUCAAGAUAUGGCUGCUGCAUAGUACGUCCAAGUUCCAUUCAGUUCUUGAAUACUGUAAAAUGGUACGUGGUUUGGCAUUGUAUCUUUGGCUUCCUGGAAGGCUUUGUCGUCCGUGGCGUCAUCAAUAUCAUUAUCAUCACCUUGGAGAAGAGAUACGGACUGUCCAGUCAGAGGUCUGGUAUGAUUUCCUCGGCCAAUGAUUUUGGAUCUGCCGCCGUAUUUAUUUUGGUGGGAUUUCUUGGAACGCAUGCGAACAAACCUCGCUUAAUGGGCAUAGGCUUUUUUGUUAUGUCUUUAGGGUGUCUCGUUUUUGUUUCGCCGCAUUUUGUGGGAGGCUUGUAUGAAUACACAUUAUCUAGUACCAUCACAAAUUCAACUGGAAACCUCUGCUUUGCCUCCAACUCGAGUGACAAAUCUUGUUUGACUGGAACAAACGGAGUUGACAAAAACGAUUUAUACUACGCCUUGCUGAUCAUUGGAAACGCUUUAAUUGGCGUCGGAUCAGUACCUGUGUUUAUCCUUGGAUUAACAUACAUUGAGGAAAAUAGUAGAACGAGAGACUCUCCGUUUUAUUUCGGUUGUGUGUUUGGAGUCUCAGCAGUUGGUGCUGCAGUGGGAUAUAUUGCAGGAGCACAAACUUUGUCCAUUUUCGUUGACAUAGAUAAAAUAGAUUCUAGUAGUCUGACAUUGGAUCCAUCAAGUCCACAGUGGGUAGGAGCAUGGUGGAUUGGUGUUCUUACAGGGAUAGGAGGAUUUCUUCUUGUUUUAUUUCCAAUUAGUGGUUUUCCAAAACGAUUACCAGGAUAUGAUGAAAUACAAAAAGAAAGAGUUUCAGAAGUGCAAACAAAUAUGAGGAACAUAUACAAAGAGCAGGAAAACUUUGGAAAAAGCAUAAAACAUCUCCCAAAGUCUGUGUGGCUGCUGUUGAAAAAUCCUGCGUUCCUCUUUAUUGUACUUGGUGGAACUGUUGAAAUCUUUUUAAUGGGAGGAAUUUCAACUUUUGGUGCAAAAUUAUUUACAGAAUAUUAUCACAUAAACAUUACGGAAGCUGGAUACAUUAUGGGUGUAAUCACUGUUUUUGGAACUGGUGGAGGAAUGAUGUUUGGUGGUUAUAUAGUCAAAAGAUUGGAUUUGAGAUGUAGAGGUAUCAUUCGCUUCAUUUGCGCAUGUAUGUUCCUUUGUAUACUAUUUGGACCUGCUUUCCUGACUACUUGUCCAAGUCCACUAAUUGCUGGCGUUUCUACGACUUAUCCAGAUAAUAGUGAAUCUUCCAUGAUAUCAUCUUGUAAUGUUGACUGCGGUUGUACUACUGUUGGGUUCGAACCAGUGUGUGACGAAAAUCAGAUUGUCUACUUCUCUCCAUGUCAUGCCGGCUGCAGCGGUGAGAGGACUGUAAAUGGAACUAUGAUAUACCAAUACUGUUCUUGCAUCAACAGUACUAUUCCCUCGGUCCCUUUCACUACUGGGAAAUGUUCCGAGCGAUGUAUCUGGUUUUACGUAACUAGUGUACUGUUGUUUUUCAUGAUGUUCUUGACUUUCUGCUCCCUCUCUCCCGGGCUUACAGCUAUGUACAGAUGCAUUCCUAAUCAACAGCGAGCUUUAGGGGCAGGGAUUCAAUUCACAUUUGGUCGACUCCUUGGGUCAACGCCGGGUCCAAUCUUCCUUGGUGCCAUUUUAGACAGCACCUGUAUGGUUUGGCAGGAAACAUGUGGAGAAAGGGGAACCUGUUGGGUAUACGAUAAAUGGCCGCUAGGUGUCCGUCUCAUGAUCUGGUGGAUGGGAACCAAGUUUCUUGGGGUCAUCUUUCUUUUGAUAGCGUCAGUUACAUAUAAACCCGAAAAUAUAUACGCCAUGGAGAUGGAAAUUAAAAAACAAGAAAAUUAUGAGGAGAACAAAUGAAUUUGAUAAAUCAUUCCUAUACAAUGUGUACUAGUAUUUAAUUAUGCUAUAAACCAAAGUGACCCGAAAAAAUCGUAUUAUUUACAAUGAAAGAUGCAGUAUACGCUCGGUAAUUUUUUUAAUCAAUAGGUUCCUGACAUUGACAACAACAUACAACCGAUUGCUCGGACAAUACAUUAAAGCAAUUAUUAUGAUACUAAAGAGUGUAAUAAUAUAGCAAAAA